CACGAGACAAGCGAAGGAAAAAAAAAAAGGGGAGAAAGGAGGAAGACAUCCACCACCACGUAGCCACCGUAGCAUCGUAGCGGUCCCGCGGUCCUGCCCCGAAAUGCGCCCGCUUUUACGCACUCGCUGAUCGGCCCGGAGUGUCUCCUCUUACGCGCGGGACACUUCCACGCUCCCACGCCCGUCCUCGAUCGGGAAUCAUUGGCCCGCAAAGAUGGAGCUGGAGGACGGGGUUGUGUACCAGGACGACCCCGGGGGUACGUCCGCGAUGAUGUCCGAGCGCGUGUCGGGCCUGGCCAGCUCCAUCUACCGGGAGUUCGAGCGCCUCAUCGGUAAGUACGACGAGGACGUGGUGAAGGAGCUGAUGCCGCUGGUGGUGGCCGUGCUGGAGAACCUGGACUCGGUGUUCGCGGAGAACCAGGAGCACGAGGUGGAGCUGGAGCUGCUGAAGGAGGACAACGAGCAGCUCAUCACCCAGUACGAGCGGGAGAAGGCGCUCAGGAAGCACGCCGAGGAGAAGUUCAUCGAGUUUGAGGACGUCCACGAGCAGGAGAAGAAGGACAUGCAGACACACGUGGACCGCAUGGAGUCCCACUCGCGCCAGCUCGAGCUCAAGAUCAAGAACUACAACGACCAGAUCAGCAGGUUAGAAGAGCGAGAACUGGAGCUGAAAAAGGAAUACAACUCCCUCCACCAGAGACACACAGAGAUGAUCCACAACUACAUGGAGCACGUGGAGCGGGUCAAACUGCAGCAGGUCAGCGACGCCUCCGAGAACAGCGCCGUGGCCAGAGUCCGGAGGGAACGGCCGCUGUCCUUGGGCAUCUUCCCCUCGUCUGGCGCCUCCUCUCUGCUCAUCCCGGACCCCAAGGCCAGAGCGGAGACUCCGGCCACAGAGGGCUGGAGGUUCACCGACCCCGCCCAGGACCGCUCCAACACCAGCCUCAAGGACGAGUUUUCAGACCUGCCCGGUUCACAGUCCACCUCACAGCGAGAGGACGGGAGCAGGAGUACAGAGGUGCAGGCUGCUCCCGGGACCAGCUCCAAAUCAGUUGGUUUAGGUGAGAAUGAGGACAGCUCGGACGUACAGGACAUCAUCGAGUCCACGCCGGAGCUGGACAUGGACCUCAUCGGCUACAGACCGUGCAGUACUCCCACAAAGGGCAUCGAGAACAAGGCGUUUGACCGGAACACAGACUCUCUGUUCGAGGAGCUGUCGUCUGCCGGCACGGGGCUCAUAGGUGAUGUGGACGAGGGGGCCGACCUGCUAGUGGAGUAUUCUGGCAUGGGCCGUGAAGUGGAAAAUCUCAUUCAGGAAAAUUCGCAGUUACUUGAAACAAAGAACGCUCUAAACGUAGUGAACAAAGACCUGAUUCUGAAGGUGGACGAGCUGACCUGUGAGAAGGAGGUCCUGCAGGGCGAGCUAGAGGCAGUGGUCCAGGCCAAAGCCAAACUGGAGGAGAAGAACAAAGACCUGGAGGAGGAACUCAAAAAAGUGAGGCAAGAAGUGGAGGAGAUUAGACAAAAAACCCAAGAUGAAGAAGAUAGCGACAUCCCCGUGGCCCAGAAGAAGCGCUUCACCCGGGUGGAGAUGGCCCGUGUGCUCAUGGAGAGGAACCAGUACAAGGAGCGGCUGAUGGAGCUGCAGGAGGCCGUGCGCUGGACUGAGAUGAUCAGAGCUUCGAGAGAAAAUCCAACAUUGACCGAAAAGAAGAAAUCCAGCAUCUGGCAGUUCUUCAGCAGACUCUUUAGCUCCUCCUCCAGCAGCAGCAGCAGUAGCCCCGCCCUCAAGAAGGCCGACUCCCAAUCCAACGUCAAGUACAACGCUCCGGGAAGUCUGGUGAAGAGGAGCAGCACCUUCUCCCAGUUCCCCACAGAGAAGUCCAAAACCUUCGACUUCCUCAACGAAGAGAAGGAGGUGUGCAGCUCUCCGUCUCGUAAAGAGCAGAAGAGAGCGCAGUAUCGACAGGUGAAGGCUCACAUGCAGAAGGAGGACGGGCGCGUCACUGCCCACGGCUGGAGCCUCCCGGGAAAAUGCAAGGUAAACGGUGGGCAGAAUGAGAGUAAGAUGAAUUUACCUGUCCCUGUGUAUCUGAGGCCUCUGGAACAGAAGGACACCUCUAUGAAGUUGUGGUGUGCAGCGGGCGUGAACAUGUCCGGGGGCAGGGCAGAGCUGCAGAGGCAGAAGAAGGGCUCCCAGUGCAGUUUAGACCAACUGGACAACGACAACAAGGACCCAGAGAAGGUGGAGCCUGAGCGGGACCUUGUGGCCCAGGACGAGCUGUCGAGUCGGGUGUGGGUCUGCACCAGCACUCACUCCUCCACCAAAGUCAUGGUCCUGGACGCCACACAGCCCGCGGACAUCCUGGACUCCUUCUACGCCUGUAACACUCACGUGCUCUGCAUCGCCAGUGUGCCAGGAGUGUUGGAGACAGACUUCCCGGCCGGAGAGGAGGUUCCCCAGGACGUGGACGGCGGUCAGGCUGGAGAUGGGGUGAGCUUAGCGGGCAGCGUGGCCAGUGUGGGCUCCGCGGGCAGCGACGGCACUCUGGCUGCGGAGGGAACCACGGCAGUACCACAGACCGCAGGGGCCAGAGGGAGCGAGCAGCCCACAGAACACAGCGGCGUCUCGACAUCAGUGGAGCUCUCCAGGGAGACGAGCCCGACUGAAGACACGGCAGAGGAGGCCACAGAAGCUACAGAGGCCAACGCCGGUGUGGGCGAGGAGGAGGGCGAGGGCCAGCAGGGGGCAGAGCAGAGCCAGCCGGGCAUCUACACCGAGCACGUUUUCACAGACCCUCUGGGCAUGGAGCGUGAAGCCACCCCCACCCCUCCAGAACACAGGGACCCGGGGUCAGAGGUGACGUCUUUACCAGAGCCGUCAGAGGCCCCUGAUGCAGAGGUGCUGAGGAUGAGCAGUGCUCUGCCGACCAUGUGGCUGGGAGCGCAGAACGGAUGUCUGUACGUUCAUUCGUCUGUGGCGCGGUGGAGGAAGUGUCUACAUGCCAUCAAACUAAAGGACUCCAUUCUUGGCAUAGUCCACGUUAAAGGACGAGUGCUUGUAGCUUUGGCAGACGGGACAUUAGCCAUUUUCCACAGAAAUAUUGCUGACGGCCAGUGGGACCUGACUAACUACCACCUGCUGGACCUGGGGCGGCCUCAUCACUCCAUCCGCUGCAUCAGUGUGGUGCACGACGCCGUGUGGUGUGGAUACAGGAACAAGAUCUACGUCAUCCAGCCCAAAGCCAUGAGGAUAGAGAAGUGUUUCGAUGCACACCCGCGGAAGGAGAGCCAGGUGCGGCAGCUGGCCUGGGUGGGGGAGGGCAUCUGGGUUUCCAUCCGUCUGGACUCCACGCUGCGCCUGUUCCACGCACACACCUACCAGCACCUGCAGGACGUGGACAUCGAGCCCUACGUCAGCAAGAUGUUGGGCACGGGCAGACUGGGCUUCUCCUUCGUCAGGAUCACAGCUCUGGUGGUCUCCUGCAGCAGGCUCUGGGUGGGCACAGGCAACGGAGUCAUCAUCUCCAUCCCUCUGUCUGAAGCGAACCAGAGCGCAUCAGUGCCAAACCGUCCUGGAGGGGCGGUGCGUGUUUACAGUGACGAGGGCACAGAGGGGGCGGGGCCUGGCGCCUCUGUACCGUACUGCUCCAUGGCACACGCCCAGCUCUGUUUCCACGGACACAGGGACGCAGUCAAGUUCUUUGUCACCGUGCCAGGUCAGGCAGUGCCCCCUCCUGGUAGCGCAGACUCAGGAUCAGACGACCCUCCCUCCGAAUCCUCCGACACAAACUCCUCGGAGCCUAAAACAUAUCUGGUGAUGAGCGGAGGAGAGGGCUACAUCGACUUCAGAAUGGGCGACGAGGGCAGCGACCUGGACGGCGCCUCAGACCUGAGUCCCGGUCAGUCGGUCCCCCCCAAGUCCGAACGCAGUCACCUGAUCGUGUGGCAGGUCUCCUCCGCACACCACUGACCACGUGCCAAUGAGCAAUACGGCUCUCUCUCUCUCUCUGACUCCGCCCAACGAACUACCAACCCUCCACCCGCCCGCGCAUGUCCGUCUCCGCCCUCCUCCUUUUAUCCCUAAUGCCUGUCUAGUCCACUACUUUGUAAGAUAUAUUUUUAGUUUUGUACAGUGGAUUCCUUGGUUUUAUUUGGAGAAGUACACUGAAAAAAAUGAAAAUUGUACAUGAGUUAAAAAUACUUGAUUUUUUCCCUUUAAUUUAUUUAUCUAGAUUUGAGG